UAAAGAUCUCACAUCAACUGAAGUGGUGAUAUGAAUGACCCAAAACCCGAAACAAAGACUGACCAAAAAGGCGAGGCAAAGGGUAGCUCCAAAGGAGACCAAAAGACUGAUCCCAAGGGUGACCAAAAGGCUGACCAGAAGCCCAGCCCAAGGGUCUCCCCAGUGAAAACUGUAGACUAUGCACAAAUCAAAGCCACGGCACCAAGAGUUUUGGCAGACAUGGUACAAAUGCUUAUCAUAGGGCGGAAAAUGGGCUUCCAUGUGCCACGAGGGGUCAGGAAUAUCUUUGAGUUUACAUGGGAUGAGCUCCUGUUGACACCACCAAGAAAAUCAUUCGCUGGUUUAUAUUGCCCUGUGGUCAAGUUCGCUUCCAUGGAUGACACUGAUAUUUCCUCCACUCCUACUUCAAGAGCUCAGAAGGCGGGUCCUACACCCUCAAGGUUAAAAGCGAAUUAUGUGACCCCUUCAUCUGAAGACCAACAGAUGCUCCUCAAAUUCCAAAAACGGUCUGUCCAUCUCCUCACUGAACUCCUGAAGAUGAAGAUGAAACUAAUGAUUGAAGCAGCUGCUGGCCCCGGUGCUGAGGAGAUUGCAAGGAGGUUUUUGGAAGGUGGCCAAAAUCUGUUCCCGAAAUCACGUGAAGAUGCAGCUGAAUUCACACCCAAAGAACCUAGGAGGAGAGGACGUGGUAUGGCGCCAAUACUUCCAGCAAUUCCUGUUUCUUCAACCACCCAGCUUAUACAGCAAAUGUCAAUGAACUGUCUUUGCUUUCAGUUGUCUCUGAAAGACACCAAGCAGCAAAAGGGCGCAGGUAAGGAGAAAGAGCCAGCUUACGAUGAGAGACUUGAUCCGUGUCCUGAAGCUAAGGAGUUGCUCCGAGACAUUUGCCGGACUAUAGCGCUAGAGAAGAAUGCAGCCAUAGUAAAAGGCCAUACGAGACCCCUAAUCUUGAGAAAUUACAUGACAAUCCAUAGGUCACCAUCUCAGGCCUUGAAAAGGGCUUCAGUGUCCCUAGUAGCUUCCGAGGUCCGGCGUAUGAAAGGGAAGAAGUUCUUCUUUUCCUUUCCUGAUGGAACAUCCCUGAUGUAUUACCCAUCAGGAAGUGUUGCCGUCUACCAGUUUCCCAUAUGCUGCCUAGGAAAAACCAUCACCCUUCUGUUUCAGGAUGCUCCUAGUCAAACGCUUCUAGGUACAAUUACGUCUCAGGGCCAUUCGUGGAUACGCUAUUGCUUUAAGGCCAGCUGUUCAAUAGCGCUGAUGAUGAAUAAUGAAGGAGGGAGCAUUAGAGACAAGGAUGGCUAUUUAACCCAGCACUGGAGCUGGUAUUCCAAAAACCAGAUUCUGCAGUCGUUAGACUAUCAGAUAAAUGAACAGCUAAAACUCAAGGUUGUUAAUCAAAGUUCAAUGACAAUUACUUUCACCGACCAAAAUGAAAGCAUCACCUUGUCUUUGGUAAGAGAUGGAUGCACACAUAGAUCCAAAACUGAUAGGCAGUCGACUGGGAAAAGCAUAGAAAGUGCUGACCAGGAAGGACAAUGGGUCAGAGCCUUAACAGAGAUUAAAAAGAGGUUUGAGAAGAUAGUGAGACAAUUUAUAAAUGGUAUUUUGAUCAUCUCAGGGAUAUGUUGUGUAGACUAUCCAAUUGACUUUGCCCCUUCAAAGAAAGUGAAGUUUUUGACAAAGGACACAGUACUUCAGUCCUGGGAUCGUGUUCAUACCAGACCUUUGACCGCUAAACGGAAAUCAAUUAUCAAGCCACAUCCUACACGGAAUCUUGCCUUUGAUACGCCUUUCAGGGCGAAAUAUAGGCCUCCUUCAAGGGGCAAAGCAGAGGUGCCUGCACCUAAGGAGGCAGUUCGUCCACCAGAACCUUGGGCAAUUUCUCUUGCUGACUGUCCGGUCGUGCUACACAAAAUUAUGUCCAAAGACAGAGAUGAUUUAUGCUGCAGGUGUGUGGUGAAGAUCCCGUUGAUUACAGACUUGGAAUUUGAAAAGUUUAUUACUGCCCCAAGAGACCCUGAUCAGGUCAUUGUGAUCUGUGUGCUGUCGCCUCAAAAUCAUUCUUACUCCCCUUACUUUGAGUGGUCCGUUGAAAAUCUGUACAUACAAAUGCAACAUGGCCGUCCCUCACCUUGUAUUCAGUGCAAGCAUGAUCCCUUCCGCUUCCUGAGAUACGAUCUUGAAAGCCCUCUAAACAAAAAUCCUCCUCUGCUGGUGCAGAAGCAUGCUGUUGUUCCUGGAAUGGUGGUAAUGUAUGCUGGAGGGAAGCCAGUCUUUGGGAGCUGUGUUUUCAACGGAUACAGCUUCAGCAAGAAAGACCUGCUGAAGCAGAUCAACCGAGUUUGCCUUGACUGCAAGAUGGGCCACUUCCUGCCACAGAGCUUCAAAUUUAGCCCCACUUUCGAAGAUCCAAAGAGGGUCUCUGUCCCUGCCUUGGAAAGUUAUUAUAAUGAGCCUGUGCCUCUGGAAGAGCCCGUUCGUGAGCAACAGAAAGAGACAGAGAAGUCAAAACGUGGAAAGAAAAAAUCAAAGAAAUAGCAUACUGAGACUGGAAAGAUUUUUUGUUGUUGAUGACAUUGUGUAUAUAGAUAUAUAGUAUCACACACACUUCAUGUAUCCAUAUAGAUGCAGCUAACUAUAUUUUCUUCAUUAUGAAGAAAGAGCCCACAAUGGACAGCCUUGGUUUCUUUCAUUCCAUGAGAAGGUUGCCUUUCUAAAACAUAUGGAAAUCACUUCUCCAAACGGGCAGUGAGAGUUCUAGUAGUAAUCAUUUGCAUCAAAUGUCUGGUUUCCCGGUGUACCAAAGUCCCAACGCUUUAAAAUGGAAGCAAAGUCAGAGUGGUAUCAUCAAAAUUUGGAAUAUAUAAGACAAAAGGGCAAGAGAGCAGGAUCCUCAGGAUGAGAAGGGAAUGGAGAAGAUGAGCCAAAACCAGGAAAGUGAGAUAUCAACUUUAAUGUUAGCUAGAAGUGCAUUUACCUUCUUAGUUUUCCAUUUACAUGUGAGGAAGAAGGAACUACAAUAGCGUGGACUUGGCCCAGCUGAAAUUUAGGGUCUGGUAUUCAUUUUCACAAGAAGAUAUCAGUGUUAGUAUCCUCCCUCACAUGCUAUUCUUCUAUUUGCCAUGAUGGUCCCUCUCCUCCCCCAAAAGCAUUCAGACAUGAUCUCCCCUCCACCACCUUCCCUGUCACAGCCUAAAAUGUUACAAUUUAGGGGAAAAUAUCACUCAAUUCUUCUCUGAAUGUUCCACAUGCAUGUGGCUCUCGGAUGGCAAAUGAGAAUAAGCUGUGCCAAUUUCACAUUAGACCAAGCUCAGGUGAGCCAACACUGCUUCAUUCAAGAAACUGCAGAAGGAUUCCUGUGGAAACACAACAGCAUGGAGUAGAAUUGUCA